CUGAGCCACCUCACCUUGCUUCGGAGCUAAAAUGCUCUGUGUAAGCAGGGGAGUAGUGACACCCAACCUUCUGCUGCCGUAUUCGCGGAGGAGGAACUGCUCCUUGCAGUCCCAAAAGCUGGCCUACAGCUGGCUGCCCACAAGCUCUGCAGCGGUACUUCCUGCACGCUACUGCCCUGACUUCUCCCUCCCCGCAGAGGCUGCCCGUUUCGCCCGGUCCCGCACGGGGUUCCCUGUGGCCACCGGCCCACGGUCUCGACGCCCCGCCCAGCCCGGCCGGCCCCGCCCCGCCGCCUAUUCCCCCGGGAGCCUCCGCGGGCCGGGCAGAAGGACGCGGUCGCAGCCGGAAGCGGAGGCGCCGAGAAGGCGGCGGAGGGCAGCGCUGGCGGCUGCUUUUGCAGGUACGAUGGCUCGUGUCUUUGUGUACGGCACGCUUAAGAAGGGCCAGCCCAACUACAAGCACAUGAUCAACACCGCCAAGGGGAUAGCCAAGUACCAAGGAAGGGGCCGCACGGUAGAGAAAUACCCUCUGGUGAUCGCGGGGAAGUACAACAUCCCCUACAUGCUAAACAUCCCGGGCACGGGACACCACAUCGCAGGGGAGAUUUACACUGUGGAUGACCAGAUGCUGCAGUUCCUCGACGAAUUCGAAGGCUGCCCGGACAUGUACCAGCGUACAACGAUGAGGAUCGAGGUGGUGGAGUGGGAGGGGAAGAGCGGCACAGCCGAGGUACGGCCAGCCAGCAGCGGGGUGAUGGAGUGCUUCGUGUACAACACCAGCACCUACCAGCCUGAGUGGGUGCAGCUGCCCUACCAUGACAAUUACGAUUCCUCCGGGACCCACGGCCUCUCCUACGUUCUACGAGAGAGCAGAGAUUGAGCCGGCACAGCCCUGCGAAGACAGUGCUAAGCAGGUGUUGCGUGGCAGCCCUUCCAGAAACCCCGUAAUGCCUGUCUCUUAAAUCCCCACAUCUCCCAUAACCUCCCAGACCUGGGCACGCUGGCUCUAGCGCUGCAGUGCCGUAGGCCUGGAGACUGGCACAGCCUUGUGCCCCCACUAACCUGCCCUAACUGGUUUCGCGUGAUGCCUGAAAUAACUGUGUCUGUGCACAGCAGUGGGAGGGUUUAGGUUUUUCCCGCCCCCUACCCCUUCACUUCAGUGCAUGGCCGAGGUGAGUGGAAGACAGAUGAACACACUAAUUCUUUCUUACCCGAACUGAUACAUUUAUCACGUGUGUUCCAUAAGCUGGGUGGAGUAAUGACAUUAUUGUACUAAUAGCUAAAACUGAUUUUAAAAAAAUCGUACCUGCAAGCAAAGUAAAAUGCACCUCACGUCUAAUAUUGUCCUGUCGUGGUAGGCUACUGAAUGUAAACCAAGCGGCAAGCAAAUGUCUGUGGGGGAAAAAUGACCGCACAGGUAGUCUGCGCUUCGGGAAAAAUACAACAUUGCUGUAGAAAUAAAGGGAAGAGAUUUUUAAAGAUGACUAUUCUUACUUUAUAAUGCAAUGUUUUUUCUGAACUGGAGAUGAUUAUUUUUAAAAUGUGUUUAGUUUUAUGAGAUACUGUAAAGAAAUAUUAAAGAAUUAUUAAAGAGAAUUACAUUUAAAA